AUGACUGAGAUGGACCCCAAAACCAUAAAGGAAAUCACCUUGGUGGUGGAGACGCUCUUGCGGCAGAUGCAAGACAAGUUUCAGAUCAUGUUGCACCAGAUCAUUGGAAUGAUCGAUGACAUGAGCAGUUCCAUUGACCAUCUGGAGAAAAAUAUCACUGACCUCAUGACCCAGGCUGGAAUGGAAGACCUGGAAGGUGAAAAAGAUUCCAACUGCACAUAG